UGGCUCUUGUCUCACCAGGAAGUGACAGUAUACAUGUCUCUCACUUCUUCACCACCCCGUCACUCAAUAGGUCUCACUCCAUUCAAAUACACAGAUGGAGCCUCAUGAUGCCGUAUAAAAUACUCCCAUAUCGAGAACGAAUCAACCACGGACUACUUACCAUACCUCGACAUCUACCCACCAAAUUCAACAUGUGCACCCCAUCCCUCACCACCUACCACUGCGGCCACAUCAAACCCAACCACCCAACUCCCUGCCAUACCACCACCUGCGAGAACGCUACCGAUAAACCUAUAACUCUGAGCCGAGAAUGUCCAACCUGCAGGCGCGAGGCACGACAAUUGUACGAGCUGAGCGACGUGAGUGAAGCCGAAACCGACGAUGCUGAUGAAACCCGUACCGGGAAGGAUGAUUGUAUUAACGAACAGAUCAAGGAGCGUAGGGAGUUCGUCGGAGGUCUGGGCUUAGACGCCGGACUUCGUGGCUGUGGGGCGGCGGGGUGUGAGUGUGUGGGAUGUACGUGGGAAAGGGCUGUUAUUGAUGAGCGGCCGGGACAGUAGGGAUUGGUACAUUUUGUGCCUUGCUGUUUUCAAGUAAAUGAUAGGAAAGUGUUCUUGCGAAUAAAGAGUGUUGCAAAUAUCAUUGUGUGGACGCGUUGGGGGCGCCCAGUGCGAUUGGUGGUGGUCUUCUUGAGUGGCAUGUUCGACAUCGAGAUCCGCAUACUGCUUGAUUCGCGUCCAU